CAUCAUCAGCCGUUGAGGGAAAGAAAAAACCGCAACGAGACGGGACAGACGGAGAACGACGGGAGUGCGGCUGCGGCGGCAGGCUCAUCAAGAUCGCCGGGCAAGGGAACCGGCGCCGCAACCCAUGCUUGCACACUAAAUGCGCGGCGGCACGGGAACACCUCCGUCCCCCAUCGCUCUCCAGAACAUCCCGUCCCUGCGUCCGUGACCCAAACCGAACCAAGAAACGGAUUGGGAGGCAACGGCACAGGCCAGCGCCAUGGCGUCGGUGUCCUCCUCUCCCAUGCUCGCCGCCGCCGUCCUCGUGCUCCUCCUCCUCUCCUCUGCCGGCGCAGUCGAGGCUGCUGCUGCGCCGGCGCUGGACGAGGUGUGCGGGAGGCUGGGUGGCUACUACGUGACCCCGGCCCUCUGCGCGUCCGCGCUCUGCGCCGACCCCUCCGCGCCCUGCCGCGCCGCACGCGACGCGCCCGCGGUGGCGGCGCUGGCCGCCCGGCUCGCGGCCGACAACGCCACGGCGGCCAGGGACAGCAUCGAGGCCGUUCUCUCCUCCUCCCCGUCGCCGCCCUCCGCGGGCCCUGCCUCCGCCGCCGCGCGGUCGUGCCUGCAGCUGUACGCGGGCGCGGUCCCGGCGCUGCGGUGGGCGGCGCGGGCCGUGGCCGCGGGCCGGUACCGCGGCGCGCGGGAGGUGCUGCAGGCGGCGCAGUACGUGGCCGCCGGGUGCGAGGGCAUGGCCGGGGACGCCGCCGCGCUGCCGCGCGAGAACGGCGGGUUCGGCGACAUGGCCUUCGUCGCGCACGCCGUCGUCGCCUCCAUGGCCACCGACUGAUACGCAUCGAUCCUUCGACUGACGACUCCUCGACUCGCCUUCUUGGCUAAGCUCCUGCGGUCCUGCCCGUACAAGCACAGAAGCUCGCUGUAAUAAUCAAUGUGCUGUUGCAGCAACAGCUUGUAUCGUGUCCUGCCAUGUCGAUCCAUGAACAGACUAGAAUCUGUGGGCUGUGGUGUUUCUUCAUCCCGUGCAAAUUCGAUUCGCACGCUUGAUCUACUGCUGCACGUACUGAGAUUUCCUCGACCUCAAAUUUCAUCAUUUGAAAUGCAUAUGGCAAUGGGU